AGAGGAGGAGAGGGAAGGGAGAAGGGCUAAAGGAAACCGGUCUCUCCCCAGAUGGCGUAUUCGAGUGUUGCGAUCGCGAUAAAAUUCCACUACCGAUUAAACUCGGAAGAUUGCGCAAUAUUUGAGGCCCUCACAUCUCAGGAUUACAAACACACGUCGUCUACUGUCAUUAUUUUUAGUUAUUUAAUUCAUCGGAAAAGUUAGUAAAAAAAAUGAGAUGAAAUUUAUAGUAGGAAAGAAGAUCUUAAAGCUUCAAUGUUUAGAUAUUUAAAGGAAUUGUAUUGAAAUAUAAAAGCUAUGGAAGCCCCUGCAGCUAAAGGACCGAUUCGUCGAAUCACAAAAAAUGAUCUUUUAAUUUUAGCAUGCAACAAACGUAAUGAUCUACUGUUACAUGAGUUGAACAAGACAAAUUUUGGGUUUCAAAGAUUUCUUCAAAAUCAAGAAUAUCUGAAACAAGAUGGUAAAAUCGAUUGUGAUAUUAUGGCAACUCUCGUUCAAAUAAUCUAUAAUGUUUGCACUGUGAGUUUAAAUAGACUGGAAGGUAGUCUUGUGAAAUUUCUUGAAAUGUUGAAGGAUUGCAAGAAGUUUAUUUUUGUUGAUGUCCAUGUCACAAUAAAUACACUUUUAAUAGAAAGGCAUUCAACCAAUUUAGUUACACUUACCACAAACUAUUUGAUUAUUUUGCAAAAAUUACUAAGGCAUUGUGAGUGUAGAGAAAUUAUAGAUGAUGUUUUUCCGGCUCUACAGAACUACUUUAACACAAUGCGGCUUCGAAAGUUGCAAAACUUGGCAGACAUCAAAGCUCAGUUUGAUAUAUUAAAACACAAAAUCGAAAAAUUUGAUGACCCUAAGCUUGCAUUGGAGGAUUUAGAUGAAUUGGGUACAUUUCGAGAGCUCUCAAUUGUACCCAGAGAAAAUGAUAUAAUAAAUUGUGAAACUCCAGAUUUACCACAAAACAUUAUUGAUGGCCCUUACUCAAGUGUUAACCACUAUUUAGCAGUUCACUUUCGUCUUACAAGAGAGGAUAUGCUUCGAUCAUUUCGUGAAUGCGUUGCGCAUUGUUUGAAUUCGGAUGAAACAGCACUCAUUAGAUCAGAGACCGAAAAAUAUGAUAAAGUUCUUGUGGUACGUCCAGCAAAAUAUAAACCUGAAGGUAUAUGCUGUACAAUCGAAGUUUAUUCGUCUAAAGCGGUCAAUUGGAAAGACUCUCUUCUCUCACUACCUGGAAGUAUGGUCUGUCUAACUCCAGACAAGUUUAAUAAAGUGAUAUUUGCAUCUGUCCUCCAAGAGUCGAAAGCUCCCCGCGUAAAAAGUGAAAAAUGUACUGUAAAACUCAUCUUAGAAGAUGACCGUUAUGAAGAUUCAUUGUAUGCAGAUGUUCAAUAUCUAAUGGUGGUUCCAAAUGCGUAUUUUGAAUGCUAUAAGCAUGUAUUGUCCGCAAUAAAAAGCUUUAGUCCGAGCAGUUUUCCUUUGUCUGAUUAUCUUGUCUCUCUAGAAAGUAGUGAAGCUUCACCCGAAUACUUGAGAGAUCCUGAUAGCUUAUUAGGGCGAAAGUAUUCCCUUUGUGAAAAUUGUGAGUAUUCUUCUGAAGGCUGUGAAAUUCCCGACAAGAAUGAAGAUUUGUGCAAAAAAUUUGAUCCGUUGCAUUAUGAUGAAUGGCCAUCAGCAGAAAGUUUAAAAUUAGAUGAACACCAGUAUGAAGCUUAUAAAUUAGCCUUGACUAAUAAAGUAGCAAUAAUACAAGGCCCACCGGGCACAGGAAAAACAUUCAUGGGAAAGAAGAUGGUAAAAGCUCUUUUAAAAAACACUAAUCUUACUCCUAUUAUCAUUUGCUGUAUGACAAACCAUGCUCUUGAUCAGUUUCUUGAAGGUCUUUUAGAAGAAAAUGUUGAAAAUAUUGUUAGACUAGGUAGUCAAAGCAAAAGUACAAUUAUGAAACCAUACACUAUGGAUAACAUAGUUUUGACUCAUAAGCUUUAUAUGGAACAAGACAAUUCUAAUCGUAUAACAGAUCAGAUAGCAAAAUCCAUUAUAGAGAGGAUGCAGAAAUUUGUGCCUCAUAUUUUAAAUCGCGAUGUUAGACAUGGCGGUGAAUAUGAUCCAGCACUUUUUGCCUUAAAAGACAUAUGUCGGGAUUUGAAUAAUGAUAUAGAGUUGCUUGAUUUCUGUAAAAACAAAUAUUUAGAAAGUUCUGCACUACAGGCUAUCAUUGAUAGUAACAAAAAAGAAGAAUUAUUGUCAAAGUCUUCUUCACGUUGCAGUGAAUUGACAGAAAAUAUUAUGGAGUGGUUAGGAUGUUCACGUAAAUCAAAACUUUAUGAAGAAUGUGAAAAACGUUUCAAUAAAAUGAAUGAGAAAAGCUUGAAUAUUAAACUAAUGCAUGAAAAUAUCUGGUCCUUGCACCUAACCAACAGAUUUGAACUUUUUUAUUUGUGGCGAAAAAAUUGUAUGGAAAUUUUAAAAAAAAACAUUGUUGUGGAAAAAGAAGAGUAUAGAAAAUUAAAACAGUCAUAUUCUGGUAAAGGUUUUGACAGCUCUCUCAAAAUUGAAGUAUUGAAAACUGCUCAUAUUGUUGGUGUAACAACUACUGGUGCUGCAAAAUUUCGUGAAUUGCUGUACUAUGCCCAACCCUCUAUUUUAGUUGUAGAGGAAGCAGCUGAAGUGCUUGAAUCUCAUACAAUAGCCGCUCUAUUACCGAGCAUUAAACACUUUAUCCUAAUUGGUGACCAUAAACAAUUAAGGCCACUGCCAUCAGAUCAUGAACUAAGCGAAGUGUAUAAUUUAAAAAUAUCCAUGUUCGAAAGACUUUUUACGAACAAUGUUCCUAAUACAACUCUAGUGUCGCAGCAUCGUAUGAAACCAUGUAUUGCUGAUCUGUUAGUUAAUGAUCAUUUAUACGAAAUGUUGAAAAGUGAUGAAAGUGUUUAUAAAUAUAAAGAAAUUAAUGGUGUGAAAUCUAGUGUCUUCUUUUUUGAUCAUGCUAAGAGAGAAUCGGAAAGAUCCUCUAGCACAAGUUUUUCUAAUAAAUUUGAAGCUGAAAUUGCUGUAGCAUUGGCAAAGUAUUUCCAUGUCCAGUCGUAUUCUCUAGAUCGAAUAACCAUUCUUGCCACUUAUGCUGCUCAAGUAAACCUUAUUCGAGAUUCCCUUUUUAAAGCCAACUUAGAAGUUAAAAUAACUACUGUUGACAAUUAUCAAGGUGAGGAAAAUGAUAUUGUGAUAGUGUCAUUUGUUAGAAAUAACAGAAAUGGUGUUAUUGGGUUUCUGAAAGAAAACAAUAGAGUAUGUGUUGCUCUAUCUAGAGCAAGGAAGGGCAUGUUCUGUCUUGGCAACUUUAAAAUGUAUGCUGAGAAAAGCCCUCUUUGGAGCACAAUUUUACCCAAAUUAGAAGAGCAAGGAAUGAUUGGGGAUAAAAUUCCUCUACAAUGUAAUCGGCAUGGAACUGAAACCUCUGUUGAAACUGAAGUUGAGAUUUCUGAAUUUAUGCAUCGAGGCUGCCAGCAACAAUGCAACUUCAAACUCCCUUGUGGACAUAAUUGCAUAAACGGAUGUCAUAAUUUUGAUGCUGAUCACAAGCUUUAUAAAUGUCGUUUGCCUUGUGAAAAAUUCAUUGAUGUAGAUCGAAAAUGCCCCCAAUUAUGCUUCCAGCCUUGUAAGAGUGUAAAAAAGAAUGCAAUAACUCUUCCUUGUGGGCACAAAUCCAGAACAGUUAAUAUUAUAGGUUUUACUUGCCUUGAAGAGGUGCAAAAAUUAUUACCAUGCAAUCAUCUAGUCACAUUAGCUUGCGGCGUUGACAUUACUCAGUAUAACUGUCCUUCUUUGGAGACAGUUAUACUUCCAUGUGGUCAUACGAGUAAAGUUCCUUGUUUCAAAAAAGAUAAAAUAAGUGAAAUUAUCUGUCAAAAGAAGCGUCCUUUAAUUUCACCUUGUGGCCACACGGUGGAUGUAGCGUGUAAUUUAGAUUUAGAUGGAAGUGAUCUUCUAUCUAAUUGCAAUCGACUGUGUGGCAUAAUGCUCAAUUGUGAGCAUCUUUGUGAAGGUUAUUGCUGGUUUUGUUUAGAUAUUGGAAUUCAUGCACUUUGCACUGCAAAAUGUGAUCAGAAACUACCAUGUGGUCACCUUUGUAAAGGCUACUGUAACAGUCCUUGCCCACCCUGUAAAGAACAGUGUGGAUUGGUGUGCCCUCAUGCUAAUUCAAAUAAUAGCAGAUGCAUCAAUAGCUGCUACAGACCAUGCAUUGAAUGUAAAUUGCCAUGUCAAUUACGCUGUGACCAUGUUAAAUGCCCGAAACUUUGCUAUCAAAAAUGUACUGUAGAACCCUGUACUAUAAAUUGCUCUCAAAUCUUACCAUGUGGGCAUGAAUGCAUUGGGUUGUGUGGUGACCCCUGUCCAUAUUUAUGUCGUGUGUGUAAUGAAAGUGACAUUGAAAAUGGUAAUCCAAAAGUUGACCGCUACAUCAUGUUGCUGGAUUGUGACCAUGUUAUUGAAAUGAAAGAGUUAACCAAACAUAUAGAGCAAUGUUUAGAGUGUUUUGAAUGGCCUAAUUGUCCAUUAUGUUCAAAGUCGAUAUAUCAAAGCCUGCGCUUUAAGAAUCAUUUGAUGAAUGCUAAGAAUUGUCUCCUGCAAAGCUGUGAUACUAGAACAAUGGUUAGUGAAAUUAGGUUCCUUCUACACACAACUUACGAUGCCGAUUAUAUUAUACCAGCUGUCUUCAGUGACAUUAACAGAGGAAUCGAGCGCAUUCUUGAAAAUGAGCAAACUCCUGAUGUAUUGGUUGUUUUAAAAAUGGCUGUUGUUAAUUUAAGAAGUUUAGUUAAAAUUCAUGAAAUGAUUGAAAACUGGGGUAAGGCUAACUUUAACUGCCAUGUAUUAAAUCGUUUUAAAACCUUAUUGUUAUGGCUCUCAAAUCAUUUGAGGUAUGCCAGUUACCAGCAAAUUAUGGAAUCAGAAAAAGCAAUUGAAGUGCUGGAGAAUCUUGUUAAAAAACAAGUAGAGCUGUUCUAAGAAUGUUUGAGGUGUCUUAAAUCUUUAAUAAUAUAAUCAAGUUAUUUAUGAAUAAUCUAGAUUUUUUUUUGGUUUGGUGAAAAUCAUUGUAAUACUGGAAAGGUGUGACUUAGUACAACUUAAUUUAUUUAUGUUAUGUUUUAAUAUUUCAAAAUAUUGUUAUGUUUUUCAAGUUGAUUAAAAUUAGGAAGUUAACCUGAAUAAUAAAAUAAGUUCAAAGGAA